AUGGUGAGAAAAUCAAAGGGUGUGAGAUCUAUAAAAAAUCAAGUGUCACAAUUUAUAGAAGAAGAUGUAGCUGGUUCUAACGGUUUAGGAACGAAAUGGGCUUUCUUAGUUGCUGGUUCUAACGGUAUUGAAAAUUAUAGGCACCAAGCUGAUGUAUGUCAUGCAUACCAAGUAUUAAAAAGUGGUGGUCUUAAAGAUGAAAAUAUCAUUGUUAUGAUGUUUGAUGAUAUUGCCAACCACAAUAAAAACCCAAGGCCUGGCGUUAUAAUUAAUAGUCCAAAUGGGCCAAAUGUUUAUCAAGGUGUUCCUAAGGAUUACACAGGACACAAUGUUAAUCCAACGAAUUUUUUCGCGGUGCUUAAUGGAGACACGAGUUAUACAAUUGGAGGCACCGGUAAGGUGUUGAAUACAACUUCAAAUGAUUCCAUUUUCAUUUAUAUGGUUAGCCAUGGUACUAUACACGCAUUGGAUAUGAUAAAUGAAGGAUAUAUAUGGGGAGUCGAUUUAGUAAUUGCAUUGAAGAAAAAACAUGAUGCUUUAUCCUACAAAAAGAUGGUGAUAUACAUCGAAUCAUGUUUUUCUGGGAGCAUAUUCGACGAUAUUCUUCCAGAUAAUAUAGGUAUCUAUGCAACCACAGCUUCCAAUGGAGAAGAGAAUAGUUUUGCAAUAUACUGUCCUGAAACACCAUUUCCUCCACCAGCUGGCUUUACAUUUUGUUUGGGAGAUACAUAUAGUAUUUCUUGGAUGGAAGACAGUGAAACUAGUAAUAGGUCGACUCAAACUCUAUUCGAUCAAUAUUUAAGUGUUGUAAAUAGAGUACAAAAUAUGGAUCCAAUUUACAUGUCUCAUGUGAUGGAAUAUGGAGAUACAACUGUAAGCAAUGAUUUAAUAGCCACAUAUUUUGGUGAUGGCUCUGCAAGUUCAAAUUCUCAGUCUUCCUAUGAACACUUCACUAUGAAAACAGGAUUAGUCAAACAAGACGAUGCUUCUUUACUUCAUUUGAAGCUUGAGUUGGAAAAAGCACCGGAUGGUUCAAAGGAUAAGUCAAAAGCACAAAAAGAAUUAUAUGAUGAAAUUGCUCGUAGGAAGCAUGAGGACCAUACUAUCAAUCUCAUAGCAGAUCUUUUGUUUGGAGAAGAGAAAGACUCUAUUAAAAUGGAUCAUGUUCGCAAAGUCGAUCUACAUGAUGUCGAUUAUUGGGAUUGUCUUAAAAUGCUUGUAAGCAAAAUAGCAUAUAAUUUAUUAAUCUUGCGAAAAGCUUAUCAGGAUCAUUGUGGUAUCUUAUCACCGUAUGGAAAGAAAUUAUACUCAAGAGUUUCUGUUAACAUGUGCAACGUUGGCAUUUCAGAGGCACAAAUGAUUGCAGCAACAUCUCAAGCUUGUCCCAUAAAAAAUCAUAUUUCUUAAAUUUCCUCAUCAAUGUAGUGAAAAUUAUAUAUUGAUAAAUAAUUGUCUUAGAUUUUAGGAAAUGUUAAUCCUUCUUAUUUUUAGUAGCUGAUUUCUAUUAUAG